UUGGGCUCCCUUGGGCAAAAGGGCCGCUGCUCUCUCUCGCGUCGCCAGGCAAACCCCUUCCGUCACCGGAUCUGCCGCGUCUUCUCCACGGCCCCAGACGGGGGAGACGGCCUGUCCUUCGAGGACUUCCUGGACGUGCUGAGCGUCUUCAGCGAUGCGGCCACGCCGGAGAUCAAGUCCCACUACGCCUUCCGCAUCUUUGAUUUUGAUGAUGAUGGGACUCUGGACAAGAAGGACCUGGAGAAUCUGGUGAACUGCCUGACCGGGGAAGGAGAGGAAAGCCGGCUGAGCCCCGUGGAGAUGGAGCAGCUCAUCCAGAACAUCCUGGAAGAGUCGGAUAUCGACAAGGACGGGACCAUCAACCUCUCUGAGUUUCAGCACAUCAUUUCGCGCUCCCCUGACUUCCCGAGUUCCUUCAAAAUUGUGCUGUGAGGCCCUGUGGUGGCUCCAGACGGCCCCUCCUCGCUUGCUCACUUCUCUCCGGCGUGACUCUUUUUGAGCCAAGCGGAUGCUGGGGACGGUUCCAGCAGGACACAUCCCUCCCCCGAGGCCCCCCCCAGGGCUUUUCUUUCCUCGUGUUCCGCCUGGGGGGGGGCCAGCAGCCCCGGGGCCUUCGUGCCUCAGUGUGUGUGUGGGGGGGCGUGUGUGCCUUGCUUUCCUGUCUCCUGG